AUGUAGAAAAUUAGCACAUCAGCAUUAGUUCAGCUGCCAUUUCAUAUUCAGUGAUGAUAAUUUCUGGUGGAAAAGGAUGAUUUUGGAUAAUGAUUUUUGUUCAAACUUCCAACCUAAUCAAUUCUAGGAAAACAACUGGAAAUACCAACUACUACUUUGGAGCAGGAAAAAGCUAAGCCUCUAUUACUCUACAAAAAAUCAAUAUCAUUAACCAUUUUGACUGAUCAAUAACUUCAACAAACUGCAUUUCUUGAUAAACAAGAGUCUGUGAAGAUGGAAACGUACAUAUAAACUCGAAGAGACGAGGCGAUUUAUUUCUCUUUGCAACAUGACUCUUGCUGCAGUCUUGAUCCUCGUCUCUCUUACAAGGGUCGUUUUGAGUCUUCAAGGUGGGGAGGUAUCUGCAGUCGGGGACUCGGGCAUGAGAAGAGACGGCCUAAGAGUGGCGAUAGAGUCGUGGAAUCAAUGCAAUGAGGUCGGAGAGGAAGCACCUAACAUGGGAAGCCCAAGAGCAGCUGAUUGCUUUGACAUAUACAAAGCUUCUCCCCAACAAGGAGAAGAUCAGUGCUCACUCUGCAGCAGAGUGCCCUACGUGCUUGUGCACCGUGUAACGGAGGAGGAAAACCGGCUGGGAAUAGGGCAGCCAUUUCUCGGAGUCGAUCAAGAUUCACUCACAAAUGUGGACCUAUAUGCAGCUGAGAAAGAGCUUUAUUUAGGGAGUAAAUGUCAAGUGGAAGACAUACCUAAUCCAUGGCAGUUUUGGAUGAUCAUGCUGAAAAACGGCAACAUGGAUACGUACGCUGCUAAAUGUCCCAAAAACGGAAAAAAAAUAGGCCCUUACGGACCCGAUAGCCAGUUUCCUUGCUUCGGAAAAGGUUGCAUGAACCAACCAUCCAUCUAUCACGAUUACACCUCGUUGCAAGGGCCUAACCGGACUCAACUGAAGGGCCGUUUCUAUGGUUCAUGGGACUUGGAUUCUAAUCCGAGCAAAGGGAUGGAAGGAGGCAACUUUUCUUACCAUUCAGUUACAUGGGAGAAGGAGCUUGGGGAAGGAAGUUGGAUCUUUCACCACGUUGUACGAACGUCGCCCAAGUACCCCUGGCUGAUGCUUUAUCUGAGAGCCGACGCCACCACCGGAUUCUCGGGUGGCUACCACUACCCUACAAGGGGAAUGAUGAAGAUAAUACCAGAAUCACCUGAUUUUGUAGUGAGGUUCACUCUGAAUGUGAUCAGCGGCGGAGGGCAAAGCAGCCAGUUCUACUUGCUGGACAUCGGCAGUUGCUGGAAGAACAACGGCCAGCCAUGCGACGGGGACACAACUUCAGACGUGACGCGCUACAACGAGAUGAUCUUGAAUCCAGACACACCGUCAUGGUGCCGUCCAGAUGACUUCAAGCUAUGCCCACCAUACCACACUUUCCCAAACGGCAGCACUGUGCACCGCUCCGAUGCUCCUCGUUUCCCCUACGAGGCGUAUCACCUGUACUGUGCGCCCGGGAACGCAGAGCAUGCAGAAACACCCAACACUAUGUGUGAUCCUUUUAGUAAUCCUCAGGCACAGGAGAUUCUUCAGAUUCUGCCUCAUCCCGUUUGGGGUGACUAUGGCUAUCCGACGAGGAGAGGGGAGGGGUGGAUCGGAGACUCCAGAAGUUGGGAGCUCGACGUCGGGAGGCUCUCGGGAUCCCUUUAUUUUUACCAAGAUCCGGGCACUGCACCUGCAAGAAGGCAAUGGAUGUCCAUAGAUUUGGGAACUGAGAUUUUUAAAGCUCCCAAUCAAGUAGCAGAAUGGACUGUCACUGAUUUUGACAUUCUUGUACCCGAAAUAUAGUAAGUGAGAGCUCAACACAACUGCGUUAAGAUCAUUCUUUCAGGUUCAGUUUUCUUGAA